AUGGACCAAAACCAAACACCAUCAACAACAACAAUGAACCAAAACCAAACAUCAUCAACUACAACAAUUUCUUCACUUAUGAUUGGGUUAAAACCACUAGUUGUACCUCUAGUAAUAAGAGGCAUCACAUUCAUUUUCUUGUUGGUGUCAUUGAUUGUCAUUGCUACUGAUAGUUUUGAUACAUUUGACAUCUAUGGUUUUCCAAUCAAGGUUGAGUCCACUGACAUCCACGUUUACCGUUAUAUGAUAUCUGCAGAUGUGAUUGGAAUGGCCUACACAUUGUUAUUAGUUGUGUUAACAAUUUUCCAAGUGAAAUCUGGAAGUCCCAUUGAUAGUGGCCUUGCUUAUUUUGAAUUCUAUGGUGAUAAGAUAAUUUUAUUCUUAUUGGCUACUGGUGCUGCUGCUGGAUUGGGAUUGACAGUUGAAUAUAAGAGACUUAUGGACACGGAUGACACUACCCAACAAAUACAAAAUUUUAUGAACAUAGCAAAUACUUCUGCUAGUUUACUUCUUAUGGGAUCUCUUUUCUCUGUCAUUUCCUCUUUUUCAUCUUCACUCAAUCUUCCUAAAAGAUCAUCUUCAUAA